ACACAGUUUUAAAACAUGAUCGAUCUGAUAAUAAGAAGAAUGCAUCCGGGUAAGAUGUUUAUAAGAUGUAAAUUUGUGGAUUCCUGUAAGGAAUUGAUCUUUAACUUUGUCAACAUGAACUUGCUAAUUUCGUGUAGUCUGCUUCUGACAAUUUCCCUUGCCUCGCGCGCAGAAAAUGAUAUUGAUCUGCCCGUUUGCGACAAACCGUUUGUGACAUGCGGUAUAUUUUGCCAAAACGGCUACUUAAAGGAUGAAAACGGAUGUGACAGAUGCGCAUGCGUAGAUGAUGAAAUCAUAAUUUGCCCCAUUUUGGAGGAGUGUGCCGAUCCUCCAGAAGAUUGUGUUCGGGAAACUGAUGAGAAUGGAUGUCCGACUUGCGACUGCGUCCCGGAAUGCGAGCCAAAGAAUUGUGGAAUUGUUCCGGUGAUGUGUGAAUAUGGUUUUGAAACAAAUGCAGACGGCUGUGAAACAUGUACAUGUAACCCACCACCCAUCUGCCCCGGUGAUCCCGAGCCAGUAAAUUGCGGAUCAUCGUGCGGUCCGGCCACUUGUAAACAACAAAUUACAGCUGUCUACCCAUUAUGUUUGGGUUGUGUUCCAUCGUGCGCAUGUCCAGAACCAGGGACCUUCCUAGAUACCAAUGACAAAUGUAUUCUACCUGAGAACUGUGGUUGUGUUGAUUCGAAUGAUAACUACUAUCGUCAAUGGACUAUCAACUCUGUGUACGAUGGUGGAAGACGUAGGAAAUGUGUAUGUUUACCAGGCAACCUACUGAUAUGCAGUCGAGGAACAUACUAUGGAUAGUGACCCGAAUGGCACAAUCGACUGGGUGCUUCCUAGCCGUUGAAAUCCCCAUCAAUCUUGUUGCUGUAUUUAUCAGUGGUGGCG